AUGAAACCUCCAGGAAUUACUGAGGAGCAGAUCAAACUCAGGGCAUUCCCUUUUUCCCUCAAGGAUGCAACGAAGGAUUGGUUAUACUACCUACCCGCAGGUAGUAUCACAACAUGGGCCCAACUUAAGAAGAAAUUUUUGGAAAAAUUCUUCCUUGCAUCCCGGACUGUAAGUCUAAGAAGAGAGAUAUGCAGCAUUAAGCAGUAUCCUGGAGAAUUCUUAUAUGACUAUUGGGAGAGGUUCAAUAAGUUAUGCACUAGAUGCCCACAGUAUCAAAUUAGUGAACAACUAUUGAUCCAAUAUUUCUACGAGGGACUCCAGGCGUCCGAUAGGAGGAUCAUUGAUGCUGCGAGUGGGGGAGCAUUGGCAAACAAGACACCAAGGGAAGCAUGGUUACUCAUUGAAUCGAUGGCAGAGAAUUCUCAACAGUUUAGCUUCCGUGAGAAUAACCAUACCCGUAGAGUCAAUGAGGUAGAGACGUCGUUCAUUCAACAGCAGAUAUCGGAGCUGACAUCUUUUGUACAACAAUUACCUAUGGGAAACAUGCAUCAAGCAAAUGCCUUUGGAAUUUACACAAAUGUGAGCCAUCCCACUGACUCAUGCCCUUUGUUGCAAGAGGAUGAAGUUGAACAAGUGAACAUGGUUGGAGAUGUGUCCGUGCCUCGAUUUCAGCAACUAUGGCAACCAAAGCCACAACCUUUAUCAUCUAACUCAGGAAGUUCCUUGGAGGAAAUUGUCAAGAGUUUGGUCACGACUACCACUCAGCUCCAGCAGGAGACUAGGGCUCUUGUCACGAAUACUACGCAGUUUCAGCAGGACACCAGAGCAAGUAUGAAAGACAUGGAGACUCGAAUGAGUCAAAUGGCAACUGCUAUUAAUCGCUUGGAGUCCCACGUUUAUGAGAAACUGCCAUCACAACCCGAGACCAAUCCCAGAAAUGUAAGCACCAUGACACUAAGGAGUGGCAAAGAGGUGGAGGGACUUAAAUUGGUAAAUUCGAAAAGCAAAAGUGAGGAGGCGAUAGAAAAGUGA